AAACCUGUGGGAAUGAUGAAAUAGUUGUGAAAUAUAAUUGUGAAAUAUCAACUUUCGGUAUAAAUACUGGACAUUUUAAUAUAAUUCAUUCGUGAUUAAAAAAUUUGACUACGAAGAUGGAAUAAAAAGACAUAACAGUAAUCAACUAUUUUACCUGGCAACUGCUCGUUGCUAGGGAAAACUUACAAGUAAUAUCAUUUAAAAUGUAUAGUUGCUAAGCACUAGCAAAUGCAUGGAAAUGAAGAAUUAUGAAAUGUGACAACGGAUAUAUGACAAUGAAGAUUGGAAAUCUUUUUGAAGAAUGAAAAUAUUGUGUUUUAAACAAAUUAAUUAAGAUGAUAAGAUCAGCUUGAUCUUAUCAAGGAAGGACUGGAUAAUGAGGCUGAAUGGAUAGUUGAUCUGUCAAAAGAACUUUGUUUGAGACUUUUACAUUCUUUCAUUAUGAGCACCCCAGUUCUUCGGAGUCUGGGGCAACACUCACCUUCACUACGGCAUCAGGACAACCCUCGUCCCUGCUCCUGCGGGCCCGCCUGGAGUUUCUGGGCAUGGCCAGGAGUGGGGACUUGAACAUCUUCUUGGAAAUAUCAAAUCUAUCUGGACUCUCAAUGGGCAUGAUGAAACCACAGGGCUUGCCAGAUGAUGUGCUUUCUGAUAUAGAUGAUACCAACCAACAAAGCAUGUCAAAUAAAAAUAUAGUAAACCCUGUAACAAACUGUAUGGAACCCAACAGCAGGUCAGUUUUAUCUCAAGAAAAUAUUUCAACAGUCAUAGACAGGUCUUCUUCUGGCAACAUACGCAAAGUAUCAUAUAUCUUCAAUGAAAAUACUAAGAAUGUUAAUAGUCUUCUAGAACAGCACAAAAUUCCUUAUGAAACUGAACUAUACAAGCCGAGAGAGCAACGUCAGACAGUCAGUUCUAAUAUAUUCUAUUGUAAAAAUUUAUUUCUCAAGGACAGAAAAGGACAGUUUUAUUUAGUCAUUUGUCAUGAAGAGUACAACAUAGAUCUUAAACAGCUUCGAAAGACUUUAAAUGCCAACAGAAAUUUCAACUUUGGAACAGCAGACGACAUGAAGGAAAUUCUCGGAACUGAACCAGGGGGUGUCACUCCAUUAGCAUUGAUGAAUCCUACUGCAGCCAAUGUGAAAAUGGUUAUCCACAAAAGUCUAACAAAAGAGGACUCUUCACUGAUGUUUCAUCCUCUAGAUUUAAAGUUAGCAACUAAAAUUACCUUACCAAGUUUACUAAGAUAUUUAAAGUCAUGCAAUCAUACAGUUACCUUUGUUAAAUGAACAAAGACCUCUAUCAUUAAGCAAUACUGUCAUUUAAAUUUCUAUCAAAAUAAAAUUUGAACACAAAAUAUGAAAUAAAUGUAAAAAACUA